AUGUGUGUGAUCAAUUGUUCGUUUACAAUAUCAUUUAAAGACGAAUGGAAUAUACCAUCGACUUGUAAUCGAGUGAAAACAAAUGUAACAUGUGCAAUUUUGAUUACAAUGGAUUUUACUCGACGUCAAAUCGAUAUUUUACUUACUGGCGAUAUUAAACUUGAUGUCGAUGAAAAUUUUAAUAGUAUUAUCAUACAAACAUUACAAUUUCGAUUUAUUACCAAAUCGAUUCGACAUUUUGUCGAGUAUUUGUGUGCUGCCGGAGAUGAUUGCGAUUGGUUAUUUGCAAAACAAAAAGUUCCUCCUCUAUUAAACAUCGAUUAUAAACCACUUUAUAAAGCCAUAGAACCAUUGUUGUACGAAUCAACACCAAGUACAGAUGUUGCGGCAUGCUAUCAAAAUGAUACACUCAUUGAUUGUCUGGGAGGCAUGUGCUCAUAUUUACCAUUUGAUACAUCUGGUACACCAUCGAUCAGUCGUUCUUGUUUGAGAUAUAAUCAGUCUGAACUUGGUAUCAUUAUUGAACGACGACGAAUCGAUCCAGGUCCAUCGAUACACAAUUUGGACGUGUUCGAAUUUCGAUGCAAUAAAGAUCAAUGCAACGGACCGAAAAAUGAAGGUGAUCUUGAACAUGUAGUUCAAUCGAAUAAUGAUUGGAUAAUUCAAACUGACAACGGUUCUUCAUCUUUACAAAUAGCCAAUAACUAUGUAAUACUAUUUUUUGUAUUUUUAAUUAGCUGCAAACAUGUCGAAUAG